AUGGGUCAUCGAAGAUGGUUAGAAGCAAAUCAUCCAUUUCGACAUCAGAAUUAUCAAUUUGAUGGCACCAUAGAGUUGCGAUCUGCACCUAUUCCACCAACUGGAACUGAAGUUCUUAAACAAACUCAUGGAAUUAACUAUAUACCUGGUAAGGCAUCCAACAGUUCAAAGAAGCGGGGAAGGGGGGAUGUUGGCAGCUCAGUGACACAGGUUUUUGAGGACGCUGACAACUUCGAGAAUGAUGACAGUAUUUAUGAACAGGAAAAUGACGAUGGCACAAACUCGGUAUCUACACAGAAGCAGUUAUGGAAAAAAAGGAGCAUUUUCUUUGAAUUACCUUAUUGGGAGUAUAAUCUUCUUCGACAUAAUCUUGAUGUCAUGCAUAUAGAAAAGAAUGUUUGUGAUAAUUUGAUUGGAACAAUGUUAAAUCUUGAAGGAAAGACUAAAGACAACUUGAAAGCGCGUCUUGAUUUGAAAGACAUGGGCAUAAGACAAGAGCUUCAUCCGAAAGAACAACCCAAUGAUAAAUAUUUUAUACCUCCUGCAUGUUACACAAUGUCUACUCCAGAGAAAGAUCUUUUUCUAACGGUUUUGAAAAAUAUGAAGGUUCCAGAUGGGUAUGCAUCGAAUAUUUCAAGAUGCGUUAAUCUUAAAGAGCGAAAACUUACGAAUCUUAAAAGUCACGAUGGCCAUAUUUUGAUGCAAGAUAUCUUCCCAUUGGCUUUAAGAUCAUCAACACAGAAACAAGUUCUUGCAAUUGUGACUCAGUUAUCAUCCUUCUUUAAGGCAUUAUGUUCCAAAGUUCUUGAUCCCAAGGAGCUUGAUCAAUUGGAGUCUAAUGUUGCACUAACACUGUGCCAUAUGGAGAAGAUCUUUCCUCCUGGGUUUUUUACUAUUAUGGUUCAUCUACUCAUUCACUUAGCGGCGGAAGCUAAACUUGGUGGACCGGUUCACUACCGAUGGAUGUAUCCUAUUGAGAGGUAUCUUGUGCGCUUAAAGGAAUAUGUACGCAAUCGAGCCUAUCCCGAGGGAUCGAUUGCGGAGGGAUAUAUUGCUGAUGAGUGUUUGACAUUCUGCUCGAGAUACCUUGAAGGAGUUGAACUAGGAGUACAAGUUCUCAUCUGA